AUGUGUGAUGAAGCUAGGAGUUUCAAAGGUGAGCAGAUGUCUAUAUGUUUAAAAUAUGCUAUAGACCUUGAAAUACAUAAACGAUUUUUAGGAUUCUUAGAAGGUCAGGAUGCAGACUUUUUCGCUACAAUGAUUUUAUUUUUUGUACAACAAUCUAUGAUUGCAGACUCCCAUGCCAUUCCUCAAUCACAUGAUGGAAUUGUGUCAUGUCUGGUCAUUUGA